CCCACACCAAAGUCCAAACCCUCAAAACCCUAAAGCCCCCUCAAUUUUCCGAAACCCUCCGUCACCGCCGGAACGAUGGCGGAGCUCAAACUGUCCGAGAGCCGCGACCUUACGCGCAUUGAGCGCGUGGGCGCGCACUCCCACAUUCGCGGCCUCGGCCUUGACUCCUCGUUAGAGCCACGCGCUGUUUCUGAGGGCAUGGUUGGCCAAGUCGCCGCCCGGAAGGCUGCCGGUGUCAUCCUCCAGAUGAUCAAAGAUGGAAAAAUCGCCGGCCGAGCCGUCCUCAUUGCCGGUCAGCCUGGUACCGGCAAAACCGCCAUCGCCAUGGGGAUGGCGAAGUCCCUCGGCCUCGAAACGCCGUUCGCCAUGAUCGCCGGCAGCGAACUCUUUUCCCUAGAGAUGUCAAAGACCGAAGCACUCACUCAGGCCUUUCGCAAGGCCAUCGGCGUUCGCAUCAAGGAAGAGACGGAGGUCAUCGAAGGCGAGGUCGUCGAAGUCCAGAUCGACCGUCCGGCGGUUACCGGCGCCGCCGCGAAGACCGGAAAACUGACGCUGAAGACGACGGAAAUGGAGACGGUGUACGACCUCGGCGCGAAGAUGAUCGAAGCAUUAGGGAAAGAGAAGGUGAGUAGCGGCGACGUUAUCGCUAUCGAUAAGGCCUCCGGGAAGAUCACGAAGCUCGGAAGGUCGUUUUCGCGGUCUAGGGAUUUCGACGCCAUGGGACCGCAGGUGAAGUUCGUGCAGUGCCCCGACGGAGAGUUGCAGAAAAGGAAGGAGGUUGUGCAUUGCGUUACUCUUCAUGAGAUUGAUGUUAUUAAUAGCAGGACACAGGGAUUUCUUGCUCUUUUCACUGGUGAUACAGGUGAAAUUCGUGCAGAAGUUAGGGAACAAAUAGACACAAAAGUAGCAGAGUGGAGAGAAGAAGGAAAGGCAGAGAUUGUGCCUGGUGUCCUUUUCAUUGACGAGGUGCACAUGCUUGACAUAGAGUGCUUUUCGUUCCUUAAUCGGGCUCUGGAGAAUGAGAUGGCUCCCAUAUUAGUCGUUGCUACCAAUAGAGGCAUCACAACUAUUAGAGGCACAAAUUACAAAUCACCACAUGGGAUUCCCAUUGAUCUGCUUGAUCGCCUACUCAUCAUAUCUACUCAACCUUAUGCAGAAGAUGAAAUUUGCCAAAUUCUGGAUAUCAGAUGCCAAGAGGAAGAUGUAGAAAUGAGCGAAGGUGGAAAGCAUUUGUUAACCAAAAUAGGUGUAGAAACAUCCUUAAGAUAUGCUAUUCAUCUGAUCACAGCAGCUGCAUUGGCAUGCCAAAAGCGAAAGGGAAAGACAGUUGAGUUGGAUGAUAUUAAUCGGGUUUACAAUCUAUUUUUGGAUGUCAAAAGAUCCACACAGUACUUGAUGGAGUAUCAAAGUCAGUACAUGUUCAAUGAAACAGGAGAAGUUGAUGAAGAUGAUGCCAAUGCUAUGGCCUCCUGAAAUUUGGAAACUUCAGUACGAGAGUUUGUAAUUGUCUGGUUAGUCUUAGUUUGUGUAAGUAGCAGCAAUUUAUUUCAUGUUCUGGUGGGUCAAUGGUCUUCAAUUGUGUUUGAUAUAAAUCAACAGAAAUUUUCCGUGGUUGAACUGCAAUAUCAAUGCUAUGCAAGAGGCUGCAGUGUAUUUCUGUUACUACUGAACCUUUCCCCUUUGUUUUUGCUGUAUCAAGCAUGCACUACCAUAUCAAGCUCUUGUCCCUGCACCUAGUAAUUGGAUAGCAGUUUAAACAGAUUGUCAGACAUGGCUUGUUAUAUAUAGGCUGUCAAAUUAUUUGCCUAGAAAACCCUAGUGGAAGGUUCAAGGUUGUAUGAUUUAUAUUAGAAAUAUUCCUUAAGAUGUCUUUACAUGUCUUAAAUGAUAACUUAUUUAGCUAUAGAAAACUCCGCUUUUCCCCUCUUCCCCGUACCCUGAAAUUUUUGGGAAGGAUCCUUCUAAGUGUAUGGUAGUUGGAUGUGUCUGUGAUAUGUAGCAAGUGAAACGUAGCUUUGUGCUUUACUGAGAUAAUAGAGAGAGCGUAUAAUUUGGU